UCCGGUGACUGUGAGACACACACACACACACACACACACACACACACACACACACACACACACACGAAACGUUACUCCGGUGUUUACGUUGAUAACGGAAGCUCACCGAUUUGGGCGAUUAAGGAAUUCACCUGUAAGUCUGAUGGAGCGUUACGAGUCUCUGGGUCUGGUCGGGGAGGGCAGUUACGGUACCGUGCUGAAGUGCCGCCACCGAGAAUCUGGUCGCCUCGUUGCCAUCAAGAAGUUCAUGGACUCGGACGAUGACAAGACGGUGAAGAAGAUCGCCCUGAGGGAGAUCAAGCUGCUUAGGCAACUGCAUCAUGACAACCUGGUGAACCUUCUAGAAGUUUGGAAGCGUCGCCGCCGCUGGUAUCUGGUGUUCGAGUUUGUGGAGCGAACGCUUCUGGAUGAUUUGGAGCAAAACCCAAGCGGACUGGACCUCAACACCAGCCGGCAGUACCUGUACCAGAUCCUGAGGGCUGCAGCCUUCUGCCACCAGCAAAAUAUCAUCCACCGUGACAUCAAACCAGAGAAUAUACUCAUCUCUCAGGGAGGUGUUGUUAAGCUGUGCGACUUUGGCUUUGCCCGGACCAUGACGUCGCCCGCUGAGGGGGCGGUCUAUACUGACUACGUGGCCACUCGCUGGUACAGAGCUCCUGAACUGCUGGUGGGAGACACCAAGUAUGGCAAACCAGUAGAUGUGUGGGCUGUUGGUUGUCUGUUAGUAGAGAUGUUAACAGGUCAGCCUCUGUUUCCCGGAGACUCCGACCUCGAUCAAAUUUACCACAUCGUCAGGUGCUUCGGUAACCUAACAGCUCAUCACCAGGAAUUGUUCUAUAGGAAUCCCGUCUUUUCUGGAGUAAGACUGCCUGAAUGUUCUGGCAGAGUCCCACUGCAGCAGCGCUUCCCUACAAUCACAACCACCGCCCUGGACCUGGCACAGAGUUGUCUCCAGAUGGAUCCAGAACGACGAGCUCAGUGUUCAGAACUGUUAGAACAUCCUCUGUUCACGCAAGAUUCCUUUCACAUCAGGGUUUUGGACGAGCUGAAUACUAAGAUCCAAAAAGACCACAGAGAAAACUCUACCCUUCCCAAAAUAGCCAAAACCCAAAGACGAGAAAAGGAUGAAGGGGAUGACCGCAGAGGCAAAGACAAGAAACAAUCUGAAGACAUGGAUAAGAAAGUUGACAAGGAAAAGGAGAAGAGGGACAAGGAGGGCAGAGAAGAAAAUACACCGAAAACAAAAGGCAAGCAGCCAACAAAGCCACCUAAAACCGUUCGGAAUACCUCAGAACCUUUGAUGUCCACCAAACAGUCUAAAACAUUAGGAGCCAAGACUGCCGAUAAUGCAGCAAAAACGACUGUGGCCAUAAGAAGUAAAAUGGCAAAAACUACUGGUGUGGAGCUGAGAAAGGAACCUGAGAAACCAACUACCCUUACUUCCAAUUCUUUGGAGGCUUCCAAAAUUGCAGCAGAUCUGAAGGACCAUAAUACAGUGGCAGCUAAACUUAAACAUGGUAAGGUUGCUUCUCCAGAGCCGAGGGAGGGCCAUUCAAAAAAUAUGGCUACUAAAGUACGAGAUUCUGGCCUGCGUGCUAGUUGCUCAGACAAUAUUGUGUCAAGCGUGACUGAGAAAAGUAUAAUUGAGAUCUGGAGAUCUUCUAAACUGGAACCAAGUCAAAACUUUGGGAAGAGCUCAAACAACUCAAACACAGAAGUGCCCAAAUUGUCUAAAAGCUCCAAGACUGACUAUCAAGAUGAGAGUUCAUCUCCAAAAGCUUCUUUCAAAUCAACCAUUGAAUGUACAGACACCAACUUAACACAGAAAGUGGGUAAAAUUUCUACUACAGAAGACUCUGAAGGUGCUGCCACAGCUGUAACUUCUAAGAUAUCUAAUAGGGGACAAGCAGAAACAAGCUUGACACUCAAAGCCACUCAACAAUCAAGCAAUAAUCACAUUGAGGUUGCUACCCAAACUAUUCCUUCUGUCGCUAAGCCAUGUAAGACAACUACUACUUCAAAGCAUCAGACCAACCGUGCAAACAUGGACACCGAGCAAAGAAGGACCUUUGACGGUCCAAAAGUCUUACCUUCAAACCCUAAGCCAUGUAAGACUACCUCAAACUCUGGCCCAAAAAUCAACAAAAACAUCACCUCUUUGACCACCAGUUCGAUUCUUACCUCAGAUCUUUCAGCGCAGUCCUCCACAGUUCUCAUAGAGGCCAGUCCUACCCACAGCACUACAACACCACCUAAAGGAACCCUCCAAACUGGCUCAUCUUCAGAUACUAAACCCAGAAAUGACCCCACCUGUGUACCCAAUCAACCUUCCAGGUGCCUUACAACAGACAGAGGACUUACAGAAGUAUUGAUUGCAAACAAAAAUCAGCAGGAUAGUUUUAAUACUUCAAAAACGGACAUAAAGGAGGCUCACCGAUACUUGAAGAAGAGCCCGGUGACCAAAACAGCUGCAAAGCACACUGAGAUAUCCAGUACUUCAGGUGGAUAUUAUGAGGAGAAUCCUGGAUCUUCUGAGCCCUGCAGCAUCAAUGAGCAGAGUACUUCCAAGUCUAAGAUCACCACAGAAUCCAGAUCACCCUCAACCUUCAUGCUGAGUGAAAUCCCUAAAACCAACACAUUAGUAGGGACUGUCCCAAAAACACUGAAAGCCUCAGAUAAAGAGAACAGAGAGGAUCUAGCAUUUUCUGUAUCCAACAAUGCAAUGACCAAUUCUUUAGUACAUCAAACCUCAAAGGUUUCUAGAAGCUCAAAUAGUGAGCGAAAAAACAGCAGCACUGAAGCUGAGCCUAACAUGAAAUCCUUGAAACCACCUCACUCCAAAUCUUUGAUCGGAGAACCUAAAACAAAGCUUGGGACUCUUAGCAACCACACCAAGUCCACUGCAACAAUGACUCAGAAAACUUCUACAGAGGCAAGGAAGAAAAAAGACAACCCAGAAAAGAAUAUCACAUCAAAUAUAUCCACAACUGCAGAUUUAACUUCAUUCACUUCUACAGAGAAUUCAGAGCACAAAGCUUCGCCAAGAAGCUCUGUAUUUUACAACAUGGACACCGCAUACGUUAAUGAGCUGGAUUUCAGUUUACCCCAUUCCUCUCCACCUCCUCCUCCUCCUCCACCCUCCUCUACUCCACUACUCCUCCCUCCAUCUUCCACACCCCUUAUUCCCUCUUUCUCUGUCAUCAGUACCAGCAGCCCAGCCCCUAGCGAUCACCUUACCCUUGGUGCUGGUUUCCAUCCCGGGGCUCACAGCCUUUGGUGUUUAGACAAACCAAGGCAUCACGGUGGCAUUUACAGUCGACAGGCCCAACAAUCUCUGUCCAGCCACAUUACAGGAUCACUCACAGCACAGGUGUCAGAGAAGAGCCUGAUGUGCGAGCGUUCCUUCCUGUCCGACCGCUGUAACCACAGUGGCGGCAUUACAGUGACCAAAAAGAAGUCAGACAUCCAUUUUCCAGAUCUAAGAACCUCAGUGCUGCCAGAGCUCAGAGGAAGAGAAGGUAAACACACCAAAAGCACUUCCAAGGAUCAGAGGAAAGAGAAACAGCUGGUUCCCUCCAUUCCUCCAUCAGAACCACAGCAUCACGGACACAACAGUACUGAUUCACACUCAACAUAACAAAAGCUUUCAGAUAUUCACCUCUUUACUUCAAUGUGACUGCAAAAAUU